AGUAGAUUAUAUAACACUGCCCAAUCUCUGGCAGCUUCAUCUUCAUAUAUUUCCCCAUCUUUUCCCCUCCGGAUGAGCGGCAGCAGCAGCGGUGGUGUCGCUCUGAAUCCGACGCCUCUCCCAUCGACCCGGAUGAGCUGCACCCCUCCUCCCUCUCCUCCAGCUGCCUCCCUUCUCGCUCCUCCCUCUCCUCUCCGCCUCCCUCCUGCCUUCACUUUCUAACCCUCCUGCUCCUUCUCCUCCUCCUUCUCGGCUGUGGAUGCCCUCCUCACUUACAGUAUGGACUCGGGAGGGGAAGGAGAAGAGGGUUGGAUGGAGGACCAGUGGGAGAAAUGGUUGACCCAUGACAUCAGCCUGGAUGAGUUCGAAGAUGACGACCUGUCGGAGAUCACAGAGAUCACAGAUGAAUGUGGGAUGAGCCUCAACUGCAACGGCCCGGAUAUAAAGGGCCGUGUGAGGCGAGGAACCAAUAGCAUGUCUGGGAAGGCGGAGCUGGGAGCAGUCGGCCAGCUUCAGGCAGAGAUGCUGCAUUUGGACCUCAUCGACGGUGCUGACGGUUACCGCGGUGACAAAGAGUCCUCCAAGGCGUCCGCCAUCGCAGCCCCGCCAGUCACCAAGGACCCCGCAGCACCUGUUACCAUGGAUACUUACCGGCCCAAGAGACCCACGACCCUUAACCUCUUCCCGAUCGUGCCGCGCACACAGGACACAUUAAACAACAACUCCUUUGGCAAGAAAUACAGCUGGCAAGAGAAGGUUUCAGGCUCGUCCUCGCCUCUGAAAACAGGUGACCUCACGCCUCCACGUGAGCACAGCUGCCUGAGCGACGAGGACAAGGUGCAGGGCGGCGGAGCACAGACCAAAGACCGAGGGACCUCCACCGACGCCCCCUGCAGACACAGCCACACCUCGGGACACUCGCACGGCUCGUCCACGGCCUCGGCGACGCGUUCGAAGCUCCAGGAGAAGCCGCCCGCACCGCCGCCGCCGCAGAACUACACACCAGCUCCCCUGUACCCGACGGGGAAGGCGGAUGGCGGCGGGCACCACCGGGAGAGGAUCCGGUACCACACGGAUGUUCACCUGGAGCCCACGGAGGAGAUCUAUCUGACUCCUGUGCAACGUUCUGCCGACCCCCUGGAACCAACCAACGCCCAGGACCGGCCGUUCCUCUCGCAGCAGACUGAGCAGGGCCGCAUGUCCAUCAGCUCCGACACAGAGGGUCCACCUCCUUACCAGCCCCUUCCAGACCGGACCAACCCCUCCAUCUUCGAGGAGGACGAGGUCUACGUUGCCCCACCUUCAUAUGCUUCCUGCGUAGAGUCCCUCAUCACGCCACCCAGCAUGGCCGUCUCAGCUCGCUCCUCCCUCGCCCUGGACCUCAGCCUGAAGGGGACGGGGGCCGGGGCCAUGCUGAGAGGCGGUUCGUCGGUGGAAUACGUCGACGCCACGGACGACAGCUACUGUGGGGAGGAUGAGGAGGUGGACAGGAUAAUAAUGGACAGAAGGAUGAGGAAGGGGGGAGGAAGGGGAGACGGUGGCGGCAGCAGAGCUGUCCCGCUGAGGACUUCCAUGAGCUCGGAGGCCAGCGGUUUAUCGUAUGACUCAGUCAAAUACACGCUGGUGGUGGACGAGCACGCUCAGCUGGAGCUCGUCAGUCUCCGGCAGUGUUACCAAGGCUACAGCGAUGACAGCGACUCGGCCACCGUCUACGACAACUGCGUCUCCUCCCCCUACGAGUCGGCCAUCGGUGAGGAGUACGAGGAGGAAGACGAGGACGACGAGCAUCGGAUAGGAGGAGUCCGGAGGGAGGCCACAGCCUGCCUCUCUGAAGACUCCACUCCAGAGGCAGACCUCCAUUUCUCCAAGAAGUUCCUCAAUGUCUUCAUGAAUGGACAAUCUCGCUCCUCCAGUGCAGAGUCCUUUGGAUUAUAUUCCUGUAUCAUAAAUGGAGAAGAGAAGGAUCAGAGCCACAGAGCAGUUUACAGGUUCGUCCCUCGACACGACGACGAGCUGGAGCUGGAGGUGGACGACCCGCUGCUGGUGGAGGUCCAGGCAGAGGAUUACUGGUACGAAGGCUACAACAUGCGGACCGGCGCCCGUGGGAUCUUCCCCGCCUACUACGCCAUAGAGGUGACCAAGGACGCCGAGAGCUACAAAGUUAAAAGCAGCGAAUGGAUGGACAGAUACCGGCUCAAGUUCCUGGGCUCAGUUCAGGUUCCCUACCACAAAGGAAACGAUGUUCUGUGUGCAGCUAUGCAGAAGAUUGCCACCAACAGAAGGAUGACAGUGAAGCACAACCCGCCUUCCUCCUGCAUCCUGGAGAUCAGUGUGAAAGGCAUCAAGCUUGCAGUUCAGGAGGAUUAUUAUGCCUGUGACCGAAGUAACGAGUGCAGUCACUUUUUCCAGUUAAAGAACGUCUCCUUCUGCGGCUAUCACCCCAAAAACAACAAGUAUUUUGGUUUCAUUACGAAGCACCCAGCGGACCAGAGAUUUGCCUGCCAUGUGUUUGUGUCUGAAAACUCCACCAAACCUCUUGCAGAGUCAGUGGGGAAAGCCUUCCAGUUGUACUAUAAAGAGUUUGUGGAGUUCUCGUGCCCUACAGAGGACAUCUACCUGGAAUAGCCCUGCCUUUAACCACAGCCCUGUACAGUACACCUGUAUCAUAACAUAAUGUUGCAUGAAGGACAGACAUACCUAAAUUAAAAACGAAAAGAAAAUAAUUAACACAUCUGACAAACGAGCAGGAAAAAGAAGGAUCAAGUAUUGGAACUGCAGCAGGAAGAGAUGAAAAUGAGCCAAAUGAGGAGCGUCGUAUGAAAAGAAAAUAUGCAAAAUGGCGUCGGUGAUGAAGUGGUGACCGCAGGCUGUCAGUGGAAAGCACAAACAUUGUAUCUCUGCAGCCUUUGGCAGCCCUAGUUAGCCUGUAGCAUCAUCUCAGCAGGUGCAACACUGAAACGCCCAGGAGACAUACUGGACUGCACCACACUGUGCUUUCACUCGUGAAAAAAAACAUUAGCUGAGAUUUGGGGGAAAAUUAAGAAGUGAUGAGUUUAAUAUCAAGAGUGUGAAAAGAGGGAAGUGUAUAUUUACUAAACAACAUCCUCACACUGAAAAUGUACACUAAAUGAAAUAAAAAAUCCAUGUAGGAACGGUGAAUUUUAUCCUUUUAGCACACCUCAUAUAAGGGUGUUAUUCACAUUGUUCAAACUACAAAAUCCACCUAAAUCACUGUUAAAAAAAUAACAGCUAUAAGCGAUGUCUUCUGCAUUUUUGGGUCCUUUAGAUGUUUUCUGAGGAGGGACAGCUGUCACCGUUCAAUCCAGAAGCAGCUGUAUGGGGCACAGGAGCAGCAUAGGAUUGUGUUGCUUUUCACCUUAGUCUGAAACUAUUUUUAACAGCUGAUGAAGUCAUUUGAAGUGAAAAUGCCAAAAUGACCUGGUUUCAGCUUAUAUCAGUGGUAAACAAUCAGAUGGAGGGAUUUCAACACACACAAAAAAUGCAGGCAGUAGAUUAGGAUGCAAAACAACACAUCCCACACUACUGGCUCAUCACAAAUUAAAAUAGGAGUAUACAAGGUGUGCUAGACUAAAUACUAGGGAUGUCCCGAUCAAGUUUUUUGGGCCCAACGUAAUCCAAGUUGUUUAAUAUUUAGCACCAAUGCAACACUAUUUUCCUUGGUAUUACACACUUCUAGAAUUGCAGAUUGGCUGUAGUACCUGGUAACUCUUAUUGUUUGCUACCGAGGAGGUCACUCAGACUAGGGGCAGUUCCAUGUUGGCUAGUCGAGAGCAUUUUCGAGAGUUUAGCUGACAACGGGCACUAUGACAAAGACUGCUGUGACGGUUAAUGGCCUCCGGCUAGAGCUUGCCAAUAUAAUACUAUUUUCCUAGCAAAUGCACACUUCUAAUAUUGCAGACUGGCUGUACUACCUGGUUGCACCACCAGGUGGAGUCUCUUAUUUUUUUUUUAAUGCUGUAGCAACCAGAGGAGGUGGUCAAUCGGACUUCAGGCAGUUGUGUUGCCUAGUAGAGAGCACUGUAAGAGUUUAACUAGCAACAGGCACCAUGACAAAGACUCCUGCACUGCUUAAUAACCUCCUGUUACAGCUUGUGUUUGAAAAACACCAUGAUCAAUAUUCUAGUUACGUAUGUAGAGUUGCAUUUGCAGCUGAAAUCAAGUGUCUGUUGACCAAAUCAUUAAAAAUACAGCAAGACAAAUGUCCAUUGUGCUAAAUUUGUAUUUUCAAAUAGUUAUUAAUUGAGAAUUCUGCAUUUCCGAAAAUGAAUCAAAAUUUGUGUCCCUACUCUACUGUCCUGGCACUAAUUGUGCUCUCCUUUUACAUCACUGGAGUGACAGCAGACACUAACAAAGGAUGAAGCUAAACUUCUUGCCAAUACUGAUCAGUUUUCAAAAAAAUCUCUGGAUCGGAUCGGGACAUCCCCAGUAAAAACCUCAAAUCAUAAAGAACUCCUAAAAUGCGCUGCGCGUCAAAUGUCAAUGCUACGAAAAACAAGCAAAAAAACAGUGUGAGGGUGUACGGAUGUGGAUUUUUCCUUUCAAACUUUUAGCAGCUUCUGUUGGUGUAGUGCUAAGCUAAAGAGCCCCCCCCCCCAUAGGCCCAGUAAAGCCUUAGUCCUCGAGUCCUAGUCUAAUGCAGACACACUGCGCUUCUUUACUGUGUCUUCUAACUAGGUGUGAAAUCAGCGACAACGAUGUUAAAUAGGGGGAUAAAGAAGAGGUCCGACAUACAGAAUCUCCUUCAUGUGGUGUUUUAGAAACUUGCUCCUCAGUUUCCACAUCAGAAACAUUGAAUGCUCUCAGUGUAGCAGCGGUAAGAUAAAGAUGAGGCCAGCGCUUGGAACAGGAGGUGCAGGUGCUAACAGGGGAGCAGAAACAAAACUCUGGUGUCUUCAGAUCUUCACUAGUAGUGCCUCUUUUUCAUCAGAUCAUUGUAAGCUUCCUCAGUGAACAUUACCACGAUGUUUUAAGGGAUUGCCAUUGAGUGUGUGUUGAGUUUGAAUGCAAAUUUAGAGGUUUUGCUGUGACAUUGCUUUUAAUUCCACUGCAGUAAAUGUGCUGUACUGUGCCUGCACUGUUAAACCCAAGUCUUGUUUUUAAUCGGUUUGUUUUCGUGCAGAUUUCAUGUAAAGUGCAGAGUGUGUCUGUUACCCAAAAGCAAGAAUCUGAACAGACAAGAUUGAAAAAGUGUACCAAGUCCAAGAAAAUGAUGUAGUAUGCAAGUAUGUAGGAGAUAAAAAUGCAGCAAAGCCCAAAAAAUAUACAGCAAAAUCCAUUCUCUACAAUAUUCAUAUCUUUGUUGAGCACAUUAGGCACAUUUGAUCAGUUGUAGAAGAAGCUCUGUGUCAUUAGCUGGUAACUAGCAGUUAGUGAACCUGCCCUGAGGCACCCAUUUCACUUUCACCCAGUGGUUGCUUAGAACAAAACACUACAAGCUUUAAACUGUACAAAGGCAGACAUCUAGCCGUCAGCUUCGUAUUUGUCUUCUAACCAAUUACCACAACAUUAUAAGUCCAAAAAAAUCUUUAAUAAACAAACAAAUGUUGACUGGGCCUACCCAAACGUGUGUCCUGGCCACACAGUUUAGUUACACAGGAAAAAAAGUCUGUCGCUAAUGGAAAAUUAGUCAAGAAGAUACCAUUUCUAACUUCUGGUUGCUGAACAGGCUACAGCAUCCUGAAGAGUCUUUCGGAUCAUGCAAAGCAAGCGUAAGCAUAAACAUGGUCCCACUGCUCAUGAAAGCUCACAAAUAUCCUGCUUAGUCCUGUAUGAACUGGAACAAGUCGAUGGUUUCAGUGGUCAGAGAUCAUACAAAAACACCAAACUAGCCUCAACACCUUGCGCUUAAGUUUUCAAACAGUGUGAUAAAGCAGAACCAGCUCUGUCUACUACCAAGCAAGUCAAAUGCCAAAUGAAUCAGCAUAUACAGAAUACUAAAGUUAUUUUUUUGCUUGAGACUGGUCACUGUUUAACCAUGUGACCUGGAACCAAUGAGGUUGAAGCCUUGCCUGUCGACUACAGGUGAUUUUUUUUUUUUUUUAGAAAACAAAAAUUCCCAAAAAUUGCCAAGCACCUAAGUAAUCAACACCUAUGCUCAAUGCUUACACUUAAGACACUCCUUACUCUAAAAAUUGGACUUAAAUCAUUGGAUACAAACUUGGAACAUCAAAUGUUAAGAGACUUAACUUGCUGGAGAUUGGAAAGUAGAACCGCCUAAUGCCUCAUAUUUGAUCUGGUGAAAAUCUGCAAAAAAAUAUAUACAGGAUGGCAACAGACAGCUUUGGAGAACCAAAUGCCAUGUCUAAACUAUUCAGCCAGUGCAUCAAAGGGUCUCGAUGUCAGACAUGAAAGAUAGUGUUUACACAAAGUUAAAUGCAAAGCAAUAGCAAAAGUCAGUCACUGGUGAGCAUUCAGAUAUCUGAAAGACUUGCAUCUCAAUUUGCUGUUAGCUCACAAAAAUUACCAGAUUAGUCGAGCAACAGACAAAUGAAAUCAAAAUCUUUUGAUAAAUAUUCCAAUCCUUUUCAAAUUGAAAUCAUUUUUGCUGCCGCUGACCUGACACCUGACCUACCUUGACCCCAGAAAACCAAAGGAUCGCCUUUUUCUUUCCUUUACGUCAUCCUGAGUGCAACGCAAGUACAGCACAGUUGUUUUGCAGUGAAAAGCAAAGUGUUCUUCAUCAUUUAUCACAUUUAACACUGAUUUGUAACAGAUUAUUUCAUGUGAUCUAUAUUUAACAGAGGAUAUAAUGCCCGUGAAAGAAAGCUUAACUAAUGAAGGAUAUGGAAAUUUUAUAUUCAGCCAUCUCACCAGUUCCCACAGUUUGUCAAAGACAAGACACACACACAAAAAAAUCUCAAAAUAAACACACGAGUCGUCUGCUGUUGUUGAAAGCCAUUGUGUUCGCAUCAAGAGAUCAACACUCACUUUUAUAUGAAUUCCCUUCUCAAGAGCCGACCAGGCCCGACAGGAGAAAAUGUACUGUAGUGGGGGCUUAAAAAGGGUGUACAGACAUGCCAUAUAUAAAUAAAAAAUUUAAUAUCUGUAAUUAUGAAUAUGACAUUGUAUUGAUUCAACAUGUAGUAUGUGAAAUUUCUUUUUAUUUUGGAUUUUUUUUAAUUAUUAUUUUUAGCUGUGAAUUAUUCUUGAUUUAAAAAUUUUAAUGCAGA